GGUCGCUGCACAGGUCAUCCAGCUGAUGGACGAGUCCCGUUGAACUGGCUCAUCUCAGGGACCUUUUAAAGAUGAGUGAACAAACAUUGGAAAGAGGACAGCAGCGGAAACUUCCUGAAUGGAUGUCUAUGCAGAAGAGCUAUACAGUAAAAGAAAAAAAGGCAUCUGUUCAGAAGAGUGUUUUGGAAGAUCACCUGCCCUUCUUAGAAUUCACUGGAUCCAUUGUGUACAGUUAUGAAGCUAAUGAUUGUUCUUUGCUCUCAGAAGAUAUUAGCAUGAGUCUCUCUGAUGGAGAUGUGGUAGGAUUUGACAUCGAGUGGCCACCAGUGUACAAGAAAGGGACACUGGGCAGAGUGGCCCUCAUUCAGCUGUGCGUGUCAGAGAGCAAGUGCUACUUGUUUCAUAUUUCUUCUAUGUUAGUUUUCCCUCAGGGACUAAAAAUGUUGCUUGAAAAUGAAGCAAUUAAAAAGGCAGGUGUGGGAAUUGAACAAGAUCAGUGGAAACUUCUACGUGACUUUGAUGUCAAGUUGAAGAGUAUUGUGGAGCUGACAGAUGUUGCCAAUGAAAAGCUGAAAUGUAUAGAGACCUGGAGCCUCAAUGGUUUGGUUAAAUACCUCUUUGGUAAACAGCUUCUGAAAGACCGGUCUAUCCGCUGUAGCAACUGGAGUAAGUUUCCCCUCACUGAAGACCAGAAAGUGUAUGCAGCCACUGAUGCUUAUGCUGGUUUCAUCAUUUGUCAAAAAUUAGCAAAUUUGAGGGAUCCUGUACAAAUGUUUGUCAAGAGUAAAGUCAACUGCUUGGGUAUAGGCAUCCAGUAUGUGCCAUGGAAGAAGGAAGGAACAAAAGAGUUGAGUCCACAGGAGCGAAGGAUUAAUAUGGAGGAGGAAAUACUUCCUAGUGAUGUGAAGAAACAAUUGACUUCGAUCUCCAAGGAGAUGAUGGAUUUGGCUGAGUCUCUUCCUGAUACUUUCGGAAAACUGGAAAAUCCACAGAGGGUUUCCCUACUAUUGAAGGAUAUUUCAGAAAAUCUGUAUUCAUUGAGAAUGAUGAUGUUUGGCUCUACUGAGAAGGAACUGAGACCCAGCAGUGAUUUUCACUUGUUACCACUGGAGGAGCCAACUGCUGGAGAAGCACAAGAGAAACAAAUUAGAGCACAUAACAUUUUUCCUGAAGUUCAAGAUGAGGCAUGGGAUGCCACACCUGAUGAUUUAAUUGAACAUGAUGGAGAACAGGCACUUGGAAAUCAAAUGAAACAAGAAGAUGGAUUGGAAGAUGCACUGGAAGGCAAUAACUUGAAAGAGAAUACAGAAAGAAAUUGUUUAAUGUCAUUAGAUAUUACAGAAGAGGAACUCCAACUUUUGGAACAACAGGCUCAGGAAAAGGAUCUUACUGAUGUUACUUGCACAUCUCCUGAGCAUUCAUCUUCCAAGGAUAAUGAAGAGGAUCUAUCUUACAUAAUUGAGAGUGAUGAAGAUUUAGAAAUGGAGAUGCUUAAGUCUUUAGAAAACCUCAAAAGUGGCAUGGUAGAUCCAAAUCAUUCAGAAUGCAUAGAAAUGGAAAAAAAUCUGGAUCUUCCUUCUGAAGAAGAUGAUGAAGAUGAGAACGAAGCUAUUGAAGAGGAAAAAGUUGAGGAAGACUAUCUGUUUCCAAGACCUACUGAAAAGCAAAUUAACUGCCUCAAGACCUACUUUGGCCAUUCUAGUUUUAAGCCGGUUCAGUGGAAAGUGAUUCAUUCUGUACUGGAAGAAAGAAAAGAUAAUGUUGUUGUCAUGGCAACUGGGUAUGGAAAGAGUCUGUGCUUCCAGUAUCCACCUGUUUAUGUAGGUGGGAUUGGCCUUGUCAUCUCUCCCCUUAUUUCUUUGAUGGAAGACCAAGUGCUUCAGCUUGAAAUAUCCAGUAUUCCAGCUUGUUUUCUUGGAUCAGCACAGUCAAAAAAUGUUGUAGAGGAUAUUAAAUUAGGCAAAUACCGGAUUGUAUACCUAACUCCAGAAUUCUGUUCAGGUAACUUGAACCUGCUUCAGCAGCUUGAGGCUAAUAUUGGUAUCACACUUAUUGCUGUGGAUGAGGCUCACUGUAUUUCUGAGUGGGGACAUGAUUUUAGAAGUUCUUUCAGGGCUUUGCAUUCCCUAAAGGCAGUACUCCCACAGGUUCCAAUUGUUGCAGUGACUGCUACGGCAGGUUCUUUGAUCCGAGAAGACAUUGUACGUUGCUUAAAACUGAAGGAUCCUCAGAUAACCUGUACUGGUUUUGAUCGACCAAACUUGUAUUUAGAAGUUGGACGAAAAACAGGAAGCAUCCUGGAGGAUCUGAAGCAGUUUCUCGUCUGUAAGUCAAGUUCUGCUUGGGAAUUUGAAGGUCCAACUAUCAUCUAUUGUCCUUCCAGGAAAAAGACAGAGCAAGUUACAGCUGAACUUAAAAAACUGAAUUUAGCCUGUGGAACAUACCAUGCGGGACUGAGUAUUAACUUAAGGAAACAAGUUCAUCAUAGGUUCAUGAGAGAUGAAAUUCAGUGUGUCAUAGCUACCGUAGCUUUCGGAAUGGGCAUUAAUAAAGCUGACAUUCGCCAAGUCAUUCAUUAUGGUGCUCCUAAGGAAAUGGAAUCCUAUUACCAGGAGAUUGGUAGAGCUGGCCGAGAUGGACUUCAAAGUUCUUGUCAUGUUCUCUGGGCUCCAGCAGACAUGAACCUAAAUAGGCACCUGCUUGGUGAAAUACGCAAUAAAGAGUUUCGAUUAUACAAAUUAAAGAUGUUGGCGAAGAUGGAAAAAUAUCUUUAUUCCAGCAAGUGUAGGCGACAAAUCAUCUUGUCUCAUUUUGAAGAUAAACAACUACGAAAGGCCUCCGUAGGAAUUAUGGGAACUGAAAACUGCUGUGAUAAUUGCAAGUCCAGAUUGGAUCACUGCUUUUCCCUUGAAGACUCAGAUGAUAUGUUACAGGACUUCGGUCCGCAAGCAUUCCAGCUCUUAUCUGCUGUGACCAUCUUAGGAGGAAGGUUUGGCAUUGGGAUUCCAAUUUUGUUUCUCCGAGGAUCUAAUUCCCAGCGUCUUGAAGAUAGAUACCGCAGUCACAGUGUCUUUGGUACGGGCAAGGACCACACAGAGAAUUGGUGGAAGGCUCUUUCCCGUCAACUCAUCAUUGAGGGAUUCUUGGCAGAAGUUCCUGGGCAUAGCAAAUACGUAAAGAUUUGCACCCUUACAGAAAAGGGUAGAAACUGGUUUGCUAAAGCCAAAACAGAAUCUCCUCAGAGGCUUUUACUUCAAGCCAAUGAACAAUUGUGUCCAAGGACAUUUCUACCAAGUUCUAAAGCUGUAUCUUCAGGCACUGAGGAACAUGUCUCUGAUCAAGUACCAGUUGAAUUAACUUCAGAGAAGCAGUUUAACUUGGAUCAGAUGUAUUCUUACAAAGCACAUGAUAAAAUUUCUUCUGGGAGAAACAGUCCUAAAAACAGCACCAUAGUGUCAUCACCAGGAAAAUAUUACAAGUCCUCAGAACCUGUUAUUUCCACUCAAGAGCAGGAGACUCAGACUGCAUUAUAUGGCGAAUUGGUAGCAGCUAGGCAGAAACAUGCCAAUACAAUGGAUGUUCCUCCGGCUAUUCUGGCAACAAAUAAAAUAUUGGUGGAUAUGGCCAAAAUCAGACCUACUACAGUUGAAAAUGUGAAAAGGAUUGAUGGUGUUUCUGAAGGCAAAGCUGUGAUGUUGGCCCCUCUGUUGGAAGUCAUCAGACGUUUCUGUCAAAUAAAUAGUGUUCAGACAGACCUCUUUCCAAGCACAGAACUACAAGAAGAACAGAAGAAAAGUUUGGUGCUGGAAAAUAAACCAAACUCACUUUCACCAUCUGUGGCCAUCACGUAUUUUUUUUUCCAAGAAAAGAAAAUGUCUUUGAAGGAUACAGCUGAGAAGAGGACUCUGCCUCUCACAACAGUUGGCAUGCACUUAUCCCAAGCGAUGAAAGCUGGCUACCCAGUCGACACGGAGCGCGCAGGCCUGACUCCAGAGAUUCGAAAGGUUAUUGCUGAUGUUAUCCGAAACCCUCCCAUCAACUCAGAUACAAAUAAAAUUAACCUAAUUAGAAUAUAUGUUCCUGAAAACAUUGACACGUACCUUAUCCACAUGGCAAUCAAGAUCCUGGAAAAAGAUGGUGACCACAGAAUGCGAUGCCACUCUUCAUGUGAUCCCAUCAAAAAGCGAUGUUUCCCCAACCCUGAAGAGAGCUCUUCAAAUUCUAAGAGAAGCAAGGAAGAAGUAGACACCAAGACCAAGACUUCAUCUGAAACCUCCAAGAGAAAAUUACCUGGGUGGUUUGCCAGAGGAAAUGAGACCUUACCUGAUAGCAGCAAGAAAUCAGUGGCCAAAACCAAAACGAAGGGUCUUUUUAGUUAA